AAAAAAAAAAAAAAAAAAAAAAAAGCAAUCGUCAUUUCUCGUGUGAUGAAGUUUUUUUUAUCUUUCAUAAUUUUCUUCUUGUUUUAGAAGCUGUCCCUUUUGCAAACCAUCUUCCAUAGGGCAGCCUUGGGGUUCAUCCGAGGCAGCUUGUUACUCCAAACUUCUCCUCCAAAAAUGCAGGUCUAUCGAUGUUUUUUCAUUUUGUUGUUCUCCUCUAUUCUGUUUUCAUUGUCUGCUGCACUCUCUGACCAUGAAGCAUCACUUCUUGCACGGCGACAACUCUCAACACUACCUGAAAAUGGUAAAUUACCCGAUAACUAUGAAUUUGAAGUCCAUGUAAAUUACACAUUUCCGAAUUCCAGGUUUAGACGUGCCUACAUUGCAUUAAAGGCAUGGAAAGAAGCUGUAUAUUCUGACCCUUAUAAAUUCACUAGCAAUUGGAAAGGUCCACAUGUUUGUAAGUACAAGGGUGUUUUUUGUUCGCCGGCUUUAGAUGAUCCUAAUGUCACUGUUGUUGCUGGGAUUGAUCUGAAUCAUGCAGAUAUAGCAGGCUAUCUACCUGUAGAAUUAGGAUUAUUGACGGAUGCAGCUUUGUUCCAUCUCAAUUCCAAUAGAUUCUGUGGAAUUAUUCCAGAGAGUUUCUCUAGGCUUAGAUUGAUGCAUGAGUUAGAUCUUAGUAACAACCGUCUUGUUGGUCCUUUUCCUAAGGUUGUUCUAAACAUGCCUAACCUUAAAUACUUGGAUUUAAGGUUUAACAACUUUGAGGGAGAGUUGCCACCACAAUUGUUUGACAAAGAUCUUGAUGCUUUGUUCUUGAAUGACAAUCGAUUCGUCUCCACCAUUCCUGAGACUAUUGGAAAUUCUUCGGCUUCUGUUAUUGUCUUUGCUAAUAACAAAUUCCAUGGUUGUAUUCCCAGCAGCAUUGGAAAGAUGUCAAACUUGGACGAGAUUGUAUUCAGGAACAAUGAUUUAGGUGGAUGUUUGCCUGUUGAGGUCGGGUUGUUAAAGAAUAUAACGGUGUUUGAUGUUGCUGGGAAUUCAUUUUCUGGAAUUUUACCAAAGACUCUUAAUGCUCUUUCACAUGUUGAACAAUUGGAUCUUUCACAUAAUACCUUAACUGGCUUUGUGCCGGAGAAUUUAUGUCGUUUGCCAAGUUUGAAGAAUUUCACGUUUUCGUUUAAUUACUUCAAUGGUGAGGCUAAAGGUUGUGAACCAAAUGUGAGGAAAGAUGUGUUUUUUGAUGAUACUAAUAAUUGUUUGCGUGAUAGACCAAAACAAAAGUCUCAAAAACAAUGUCAACCUAUUGUGAGCAAACCUAUUGAUUGUAGUAAGGCUAAAUGUGGAGCAUCAUCAUCAAAAUCUCUUCCUCAUAAGGAAAAGAAAGAGAAGCCACAACCUCAACCUCCUAAACCAAAGCCUAUUUCUCCACCUACCCCUAAGUCACCACCCACCCCUAAACCAUCUCCAAAGCCUCAAGUUUUCACUCCACCACCUAACCUAAAGAAGGCUUCUCCUCCUCCACCACCUUUGAAAUCGUCUCUGCCGCCACCUGUUCAUUCUCCUCCUCCUCCUCCUGUUUCCUCUCCACCACCACAAGUCUUUUCACCACCGCCUCCAGUACAUUCACCACCACCACCUCUUCGCUCUCCACCGCCACCUGUGCAUUCCCCACCACCACCGCCAGUCCACUCUUCACCACCACCACCCGUCCACUCUCCACCGCCACCACCGGUUCAUUCUCCUCCACCACCACCACCGCUAAAAUCUCCACCACCUCCUCCUCCAAGGUUGUCUCCACCUCCACCCUUUGAAAAUGUUAUCCUUCCACCAAACAUUGGUUCAAUUUAUGCUUCACCACCUCCGCCUGUAUUCCCUGGAUAUUAAACAGUGGAAACUCCGUUUCUUUUCACCUCUGCAAUUAGUUAGUAGCGUGUUCAGUACAUGUAGAACUGCAUCAUCGUAUUUAUCUCUUGUUUUUAAGAGUAUCUAGUAUACGAUGAUGUUUUGUCUUUUUUCCUUUUAACUGAUUGGAUAUCAUUCUGGAAGGAUUGUAUAUGGAAUUGUUGUAAGAGUUAGUUUUGUAUCUUGACAGUUAUGUCUAUUGUUUCUAAAACAAAAACGCAAACAAACGGUCAUGUUUGCACACGAAUUUAAGAAUAAAUAGCACUAAAAGUGCAUAGUCGAGACCCCUCAGAAAAAUGUAAAAUAACAAUGAAUUGAGCAUAAACUUCAUUUUUCUUUUUAAA